AUGUUCCACGUCGCGGCGCGGGUCUCCGCCUACCUAAUCGAGCCCGCUGCAGUCUCCGCGCUAUCGGACUCGGACGACGAGUUCCGCGUCCUGUUCGCUCGAGUCCACGCGCGGCUGCAAUGCGUCGCCCACACACUGCGCGGCUGCGGCCGACAUGACCUCCGCGCAAGCGUUGGGCUGCUCGUGCUGCUCCGGCGACUGGUCGCGAGGGUGCAGCGGGCGGUGAGCAAGCACCGCGAGCUGAAUCUGCUCGUGCGCUUCGCCACGCAGCGCGCGACGCUCGACAAGUUGAAGGGACUGCACCAGGUGAUCGACCGCUUCUUCGGCUACGCAGGGCUGCGGAGCCACCCGGAGAUGACCAAGUGGAGGGAUUUAUGGGCCCAGGACUGCGCCAGCAUGUACGCGACGUUCGAGACCCGCGUGAUGAAGCCGCAGCUCGCGGUCGCCGAGCUGCCGACAGCCGAGAUCGCCGAGAUCCUGGCCAUUAUGAAGUACGAGCUGGAGUAUCACAAGGACGAGCUCACAACUGAGCAGGCGAGACUAUUGCAGACGACGGCUAGGAAAGUAAUGCUGGCUUCCAAAGUGCACGUGCCCAAGAUCUCGGCCUUCUACAUCCCGUCCGUAGACGUGGACUUCGGGGAGGACUACGACGGUGUGGGGAAGACUCACGGCUGCGAGGUCAAGCGGGGAGUGUACGACCAGGAGACGCGGCUCGUCGCGCAGUACCUGACUGCCGACAACCGGUACGCUAGACAGCUCUUCUGGUCCGCGACGGAGAUUUGGCACGGCUUUCAACACCCGAAUGUGGCCAAGAUGCUGGGUGAGUCGCUCGUGGAGGCCAAACCGGUGGUUGUGUGGGAAGACGCCGCGGCGCACGGCAACUUCAUCCACUACUUUGCGAACGAGAACGAGGACAACCAGAGACGGUUGUGGCGGAUGUUUUUGCAGGUAGCUCAUGGCCUGAACUACAUUCACCAGCAAGGCAAGGCCCACGGAAAUCUGAAGUGUUCCCACAUCUUGGUGGCCAGAGACGGCACUCCCAAAAUUUGUCAUUUUGAGCUGAGCAAAGGGUCGGAUGUGGGGGCGCUUGAUCGCUGGAAAGGCCCGGAAUACAACCUGGGAAUUGGCCUCGACCCGUCAAAAGCUGGAGACGUGUACGCAUUCGGGCUGUGCAUCCUUGAGGCGCGUACAGGUGAUAUUCCCUACGGGCUGGACUGUGAUGAUACCGUGAAACAGCAACUUGAAGAGUGCGAAUGCUACCCACGACCUGAAGGCUUGCGGGAUGAUGAAUGGGAGGUUGUGGAGAGAUUUGUCAUGCACAAGCCUGAGGAGAGACCCACGAUGGCUCAGGCGAUCGAGAUGGUGGAGGAGUUGGCGUGGAAGGAGGCGCUGGAGGAGAACCGAAUGGGGAUUGACCGCGCCAAGACGGCGUAG